UACUUGGAAUAAGGGUACGUUUACGUUUUUGGAACUCGUUGAACGGCCGACGGCUUGAUCGGAUAAAACGACGAAGCCCUCCGCUGAUUGAUCGCGGGGUUUCUGGCGUCUCCAUGUCGCCGGCAUCCAUGGCGUCCGCAGCCUGCGUGGACGAGAUCUCCGCCGCUGGGCUGUUCCUUCGCGCCGUUGCGAUGGUGCCAGCCGCCCACUACCUCGCGGCCUCCCUCCUUGUCCUCCUCAGCCUCUUCUACAACUUAUUCGAGUUCCAUUUCUUGAGAGACCUCCUCCAUGGGUUCAGGGGGGAUCCGGUGGUCCUCACCUUCAAUCCGGCUUCCAAGAUUUACGAGGGAGUCGUCUCCAAGUGCCGGAUCUUUCAUCGGAGGUAUUUGCCCACGCCGUGGCUCGCGAGCCCCCAUCUGCAGACUGCCUUCCUGCAUUUCUUCGGGAGGCCUCCGUGCGUCACGUAUCGAAGGCAAUUAUUCUCUGUGCGUGAUGGAGGAACCAUUGCUUUGGAUUGGUUGCUUGCAUCUGAUGUUGCAGGAGGUUAUUCUAACAUGGACAAGGUCAUAUCUAAAGAUGAUACUGCUCCUCUUGUUAUUGUGAUCCCUGGUCUAACAAGCGAUUCUGCUUCUCCUUACGUAAAGCACUUGACAUAUGUGAUGGCAAAACAGGGGUGGAAUGUUGUUGUGAGCAAUCAUCGUGGCUUGGCUGGCAUCUCCAUCACUUCUGAUUGCUUCUAUAAUGCUGGAUGGACUGAAGAUGUUCGGGAAGUCAUCAAUCACCUUCAUCAGGAAUAUCCAAAAGCUCAUAUCUUUGCUGUUGGAACGAGUGUUGGUGCUAAUAUUCUGGUGAAGUAUCUUGGAGAAGAUGAGGACAAUACACCUGUUACUGGGGCUGCAUCUAUAUGUUCUCCAUGGGAUUUAGUGGUUUGUGACAGGUUUCUUACUCGAAAGCCAGUCCAACGACUUUAUAACAGAGCCCUCACAAUGGGUCUCAAGGAUUAUGCAAAAUUACAUAAGCCUGUGUUAGCUCGACUAGCAAACUGGGAGGGUAUAAGAAAGUCAUGCUCAGUCCGGGAAUUCGACAGCCAUGCCACUUGCCUUGUUGGAAAGUUUGAGACGGUGGAUACAUUCUAUCGCUGCUGUAGCAGUGUGAAUUUUACUGGGAAUAUAGUUGUGCCACUUCUGUGCAUCAGUGCAUUGGAUGAUCCACUUUGUACAAAGGAAGCAAUUCCUUGGGAUGAAUGCAGGGCAAAUAAGAACAUUGUUUUGGCUACUACUGCUCACGGUGGACAUCUGGCAUAUUUUGAAGGCCUAGCAGCACAAAGCUUGUGGUGGGUUGAAGCUGUCCGUGAGUUCCUUAGUGUUCUACAUACUAGUCCAUUCAUUCAUGGACAGAAAAAGGCUCCGACUCAUGGCUUGCAUUCUUUGCUUGAGUCAUCCAUCGACAAAGUCCCAUUUGUAAAUGUCAUGGAAGAUGGAAUGGUAGCUGCAAUGACAAGUGAUGGAGCACACGACGAGCACAAAGAGGACUUACACAAUCCAAUAAAUCAUGACAUGAAACCCGAGAAUGAGGUUGCUUAUGGAGACCAAAGUGGAGAUAGAAAAGAGGUUGAUGCAGACCUUCAGCAGUCUGCUGUUUCAUUAGGGCAAGGAGUCGAGGAAGAGAGUUAUGACAAUGCUAUCCCUGAUGUGACUUCUUCUGUCACUGGUUCCAUGAAUCAGCUCUCUCGACGUUAUCGGACAUCAUUGUGGUUGCUAACCUAUAUUGCAAUUGUUACAACUUGGCCUCUAGUUGGUUCGGUGCUUCAUAAUAUCUUUAGGAAGAAGCUUAAAGGAUUCCUACCAGCAGCAUGGAUCAGAAGAUAACUGCUUGUACUUUGCUUUUGAGCAAAGGAAUAUUUUUUAUUAUACAUCUGCUAUUUGUGGCAAUAAAUGGCCUACAGCCAGGAAAGAGAAAAGAGUGUGUGCUUGUUUGUUUAAACUAUUAAUCAAUUCUUGGAACUUCCCAUAGCAAAAUAUAGUUUUCUUUUAGCAGGGAAGGUGUAUGUAAAUUUCAAGUAGGAGAAUAUUUUGUAGAAUAUGUGGCUCACAAGCUUGUUGGUCUUGAUAUGAACCUCACUCCAACUUCCAUUGAAGUGUUGGCUUUA